UAACGGUGUUCGCACUAUACCUUGCUUCCUCGACAUACCAACCCAUUUUCCUGUUGAUCGGUUCUUAACGACCAGCUCUGCGCGCAGCCCCAUCUGCGGCGUAACAUGAGUACAUCGGCAUAUUAUUAGGGAGAGCGCAAUGUCAGCAAUUGCGGAGGGAUCGAUCCGGCGGCGCUCCUUCGAGCCCGGAUCACGUCCCGAUGGCGGUACCGAGUCCAUCGAGAUGAAGAGCUCAGCUUUCAACAUCUCUGAAGUCUCUCACGGCAAGGGAGAUAUUGAACUCGACUCAGCUGGCCAUGGCCACUCUGUGGAUGGAUGGGGCGAUACGCCCCAGGAUGUACGGGAUAUGCGCCGCCUGGGCAAGAAGCAGGAGUUCAAACGCAACUUCAACUUCCUAUCUGCCCUUGGCUUUGUAUCAAUCUAUAUGGCGACUUGGGAGUUUGUGCUCGUAUCACUUUCCGUCGGUCUGUCCAAUGGAGGCUUUGCUGGCCUGUUCUGGUGUUUUAUUACCACCGUCGCCUGCUAUUCGACGAUCGUCGCUUCACUGGCCGAGAUGGCAUCUAUGGCACCUACAUCGGGGGGCCAGUAUCAUUGGACUAGUGAAUUCGCACCGCCGCAGUUCCAGCGAGUGUUGUCGUACGCUUCCGGAUGGAUGUCGACCCUAGGCUGGCUCGCUAGUGUCGCUAGCAGCGUCUAUGUCUGUGGACAACAGAUCGGAGCAACAGUCAACGUACUGCAGGCGAAUCUGCUUAUCACAAACUGGCAACUAACGCUCAUCAUGUUUGCCUUGAUCGCCGUAACCAUCGUCUUUAACACGUGGGGCGCACGUGUUCUGCCGGCUCUGGAGACGGCAAGCUUAGUGGGACACAUCGCCGGCUUCUUCGUCAUCAUGAUUCCGCUGCUGGUCCUCUGUCCGAAGAACACCGCCUACAACGUCUUCGUGGACUUCGAAGCGAACGGCGGUUGGAGUUUAGGACCAGCCUACCUUGUUUCGCAGGUUACGAUCAUCUAUUGCAACCUCGGAUCCGACAGCGUGGUGCAUAUAUCAGAGGAAGUCGAGGACGCAUCGCUUGUUGUGCCGAGGUGUAUGUUCUGGUCCUUCGUCUACAAUGUGGCACUUGGGAUCGUCAUGUUGAUUGUGAUGCUGUUCUGCAUUGGUCCGCUGGACGGCGCGGUCAACUCCGACGUGCCAUAUGCGGUGCUCUUCAACAACACUGGCAGCCCAGCCCUCGCCGUGGUGCUGAACGUCAUCCUCUUCUUCUUAGUCUUUGCCGGUAACAUCACGGCACUCGCAACAUGUUCUAGAGAAAUGUGGGCUUUUGCUAGAGACAGAGGCCUCCCUUGGUCGAAAUGGAUCGGGAAGAUGGACCCGAAAUGGCAGAUACCCUUCAACUCGGUGUACGCUACCAGCGUCGCCUGCGUCAUCCUCGCCUUGAUCCAGCUCGGCAGCACACUCGCCUUUAACAUCAUAGUAUCGCUCUCUGUGCUCGGCCUCAUGAGCACGUACGCCAUCAGCAUUGGAUGCGUCUUCUACAAGCGCUUGAAGGGCGAGCCACUGCCUCAUGCCCGAUGGAGUUUGGGUCGCUACGGCAUCGUGAUCAACGGGUUUGCGCUAUUCUACGCGCUGUUUCUGUUGGUCUUCUGCUGCUUCCCAAGCUAUCUGCCCGUGGACGCGAGCUCGGCCAACUGGUCGCCGUUGAUAUGGGCGGUUGUCAUCAUUGCAUCCGUGACUUACUAUGCCGUCUGGGGCAAGAACCACUACACCGCGCCAGUGGACUUUGUGGAGGGGAGAAAAGUGGCUGGAGUGGGAUUGCAGAGUUCGUGAUGGGAGCCUGACGGCGGUGAGGCCAGGACGGGCGAAGAAGGUGAAGGACUGUUGCAGGCGUAGUACUAUGCGUACAAACCUUACAAUGCGGUCGAAAGCCUGUCCAACGUGCGACGAUUCAACGAGGUUUCACUGAGCU